CUGGUUGGCACUUGGUGUAAACAUCCGCGCUCCGCGGUAUUACUACGCUCUUUGGGUCCAUCUUUAUUAUUAGAGCUACGCCCCGCCCCCUCCUACCUGUAAAUCUCUCCAGCAUUCUCCGGAGCGAGCGGAUCUGACAGGCACUAUCAGCUGGCAGAUCUGCGCGAGCCUGGCUGAAGCAAGGGGAGCGAACGAGGACAGUGGCAAAGGCGACAUUCACCAGAGCGCUUGUAUGCAGAAUCUAGACGGAGAAAAAAACCCGUCAAAUUAUGUAGUUUGUGUUUUCACAUCGUGGCAAUCGUUAGUGGUUUUAAAUUAUCUGCAGCUAUCCGAAAACCAUCGAGAGUAUCGAUUCAAUUGGUGUUUAGAAAAGUGAAAUCGAUUUUCCGCCGCUAAUCGACCAAGAAUCGACCGAAUGCCUGGAUGGAAGACGGCUUGGGAGGUCGGAAAGAAGCUGAUUGAAGAAGACAGUUUUUUUUCAAUGUCGUUGUACCUAUCAUAAUUUGAAACAACAUUGGCAGCCUCGGUAGCUGCAAGAUGAGACUGUCUUUUCCAUGAUUUGGGUCCUGAAGGACUAGGAAAACCUCUAAAAAUGAAAAGCAUUAAACGUUCGUCAUUACUGCGGAUUUAAAUGCCUCUCACGAAGGGACACCGACCAGCUAUUUGUCUCCAGUUGUACUUGCGGCAUUUUUCACUGUCGCAAAAAAAUUGAAAUAGAUUAAAAUUAACAAUUAGACGAGACGAUUAGACGAGUGAGAAUAAUAUAGAAAUCACGUUUUUUUUUUAACAAUACUAUGGCUGGUGAGUGGGGCUGGGGACGCUGCCACAGGCUCUCCAAGGCGCCUAGAUGCUAGCUGAGGCAGACGCGACCGUUCCCCAUGGAAGCGGCAACUCUAUGAUGAGUAGAAAUAUCUAUAAUAAUAAAAAUCCGGACUCCUCUAUCUCUAUAUCCAAGAUGGACGUGAUCAUCCCCUUCUCGCCAGACGUGCCCUGCGACAAUAAUGGCCAGCGCAUGUGGUGGGCAUUCCUUGCCUCCUCCAUGGUGACGUUUUUCGGGGGUCUCUUCAUCAUUCUCCUGUGGAGGACACUCAAAUACCUGUGGACCGUCUGCUGCCACUGCAACAUCAAAAAGAAGGAGGCCCAGAAGGUGAAUAACCCUGCUAAUAGUCAGGCAGCAGACGGGACGCCUAAGGGUCCUGAUGAUAAAGACGAGGUGGUCCCGGCCAGCGAAGUGGGAUGGAUGACCUCUGUGAAGGAUUGGGCCGGGGUCAUGAUAUCAGCACAGACACUCACGGGAAGAGUCCUGGUUGUGCUAGUGUUCGCUCUCAGCAUUGGAGCCCUUGGAAUAUACUUCAUAGACUCUUCUGAUCCCAUAGAAUCCUGUCAGAAUUUCUACAAAGAUUUCACGCUACAGAUCGACAUGGCCUUCAAUGUCUUCUUCCUCCUAUACUUUGGCCUGCGUUUCAUAGCAGCCAAUGAUAAGCUAUGGUUCUGGCUGGAGGUCAAUUCAGUUGUGGAUUUCUUCACCGUUCCUCCUGUCUUUGUGUCAGUCUACUUGAACAGGAGCUGGCUGGGUUUAAGAUUCCUGAGAGCCUUGAGAUUGAUACAGUUCUCAGAAAUUUUACAGUUUUUGAAUAUCUUAAAAACAAGCAAUUCCAUCAAGCUGGUGAACCUGUGUUCCAUCUUCAUAAGCACAUGGCUAACAGCUGCCGGAUUCAUACACUUGGUGGAAAACUCAGGGGAUCCUUGGGAAAACUUCCAAAAUUCCCAGUCCCUUUCUUAUUGGGAGUGUGUCUACUUGCUCAUGGUCACAAUGUCAACAGUGGGCUACGGGGAUGUCUAUGCAAAAACCACCCUGGGACGUCUGUUCAUGGUCUUCUUCAUCCUCGGGGGUUUGGCCAUGUUUGCCAGCUACGUCCCUGAAAUCAUAGAGUUAAUAGGCAACCGCAAGAAAUAUGGUGGUUCCUAUAGUGCGGUUAAUGGGAGAAAGCACAUUGUGGUUUGUGGUCAUAUUACACUCGAAAGUGUCUCCAACUUCCUAAAAGACUUCCUACACAAGGACAGGGAUGAUGUCAAUGUAGAAAUAGUUUUUCUCCAUAAUAUUUCCCCUAAUCUUGAGCUGGAAGCCUUGUUCAAACGCCAUUUUACCCAAGUGGAGUUCUACCAGGGAUCUGUUCUCAAUCCUCACGAUCUGGCCAGAGUAAAGAUUGAGUCAGCAGACGCCUGUCUGAUUCUGGCUAAUAAAUACUGUCCAGAUCCCGACGCCGAAGACGCCUCCAACAUCAUGCGGGUCAUCUCUAUCAAGAACUAUUCCCCCAAGAUACGAAUUAUCACUCAGAUGUUACAGUACCAUAACAAGGCUCAUCUGCUCAACAUUCCUAGCUGGAACUGGAAGGAGGGGGAUGAUGCGAUCUGUCUGGCAGAAUUGAAGGCUGGCUUCAUAGCUCAGAGUUGUCUGGCACAGGGCCUCUCCACCAUGCUAGCUAAUCUCUUCUCCAUGAGGUCCUUCAUUGAGAUUGAAGAGGAUACGUGGCAGAAGUACUACUUAGAAGGGGUAGCUAAUGAGAUGUACACAGAGUAUCUGUCCAGUGCCUUUGUGGGGCUCUCCUUCCCAACAGUCUGUGAGCUGUGCUAUGUGAAGCUGAAGCUGUUGCUUAUCGCCAUCGAGAACAAGUCGGAGCAGGGAGAGAGCAGAAGCCGAAAGCGCAUCCUCAUCAACCCGGGGAACCACGUAAAGAUGCAGGAAGGAACUCUGGGGUUCUUUAUUGCCAGCGACGCCAAAGAAGUUAAGAGAGCAUUUUUCUACUGCAAAGCUUGUCACGAUGACAUCACCGACCCCAAACGGAUCAAAAAGUGCGGCUGCAAGCGACUGAUUUAUUUAAAGGAUGAAGUUAGAACAUCUUUACAAAACCGAUCAGUUAAAACCGCCAACUGCACCUCCUCCAACUGCACCUCCUCCAACUACACCUCGCCCUCCACCUCCGCCGUCACCUCUAACUCCACGCACCCCCAACCACCGCCCCGCCACACCCACCGCAAGGACCCCCUGGCCCCUCAGGGCGUGGCCGGCUCUGUGCCCCUCGUUAAUAACCGUAAAGGAAGCCUCCUUCCUCUGGGGGUGGGUCCGGGGCAUCGCGGGGAGGUCCGCCUCAGUAUCUCAGGCCUUGGCGGCGGGGAUGUGGCGGGCCGUGCCCAGGCUGAACAGAGCAGGCUGGUCCGGGCCCGCAGUCUGCCGGUGAAAUACCGCUACCACCCCGGUAACGCGUCGCUGCACGGCCGCAGCAGCAGGGCUUUUGAAGAUGAACACCAGUCAACCCUGUCACCCAAGAAAAAGCAGCGAAAUGGAGGCAUGCGAAACUCGCCCAAUAACUCGCCUAAAAUGAUGAGCCGACAUGACCCUCUACUAAUUCCUGGCAAUGAGCAGAUCGAGAACAUGGACAUGAACGUGAAGCAGUACGACUCAACGGGAAUGUUCCACUGGUGCCCGUCUAAAGAGAUUGAGAAAGUCAUCCUGACUCGGAGCGAGGCUUCCAUGACAGUGUUGAGUGGCCAUGUGGUGGUCUGUAUAUUUGGAGAUGUCACGUCCGCUCUGGUGGGGCUGCGAAACUUGGUGAUGCCUUUGAGAGCCAGUAACUUCCAUUAUCACGAGCUGAAGCCCAUAGUGUUUGUGGGCUCACUGGAAUACCUGAGGAGAGAGUGGGAAACUCUGCACAACUUCCCCAAGGUCUCCAUACUGCCUGUGAAGGGUCAAAUGAAUGGUACGCCGUUAAGUCGUGCAGAUUUAAGGGCUGUCAACAUCAACCUCUGUGACAUGUGCGUGAUACUGUCGGCCAAUCAGAACAAUAUCGACGAUGCCUCGCUGCAGGAUAAGGAGUGCAUUCUGGCGUCACUCAAUAUCAAGUCUAUGCAGUUUGAUGACAGCAUCGGGCUCUUGCAGGCUAACUCCCAAGGUUUCACGCCUCCUGGAAUGGACCGGUCAUCUCCAGACAGCAGUCCAGUACAUGGUUUGGUACGCCAGGCCUCCGUCACCACCGGCUCCAACAUCCCCAUCAUAACUGAACUAGCUAAACCUGGCAAAAUACUGCCUUUGGUUUCAUUCAGUCAGGAAAAAAACAGUGGAAUCAACAUACAAAUGAUAACAGAGCUGGUGAACGACUCCAACGUUCAGUUCCUGGACCAAGAUGACGACGACGACCCGGACACCGAGCUGUACCUGACACAGCCCUUUGCCUGUGGCACGGCCUUCGCGGUCAGCGUACUGGACUCACUCAUGAGUGCAACAUACUUCAACGAUAAUAUCCUCACCCUGAUCCGGACACUGGUGACUGGGGGAGCCACCCCGGAGCUGGAGGCUCUUCUGGCAGAGGAGAACGCCUUGCGCGGGGGCUACAGCACGCCUCAGACACUGGCCAACCGAGACAGGUGUCGUGUGGCCCAGCUGGCCCUGUACGACGGGCCCUUUGCAGACUUGGGGGAUGGCGGUUGCUAUGGAGAUUUGUUCUGUAAAGCAUUGAAAACGUACAAUAUGUUGUGCUUCGGAAUCUACAGAUUAAGAGAUGCUCAUCUGGCCACGCCUAGCCAAUGUACCAAACGGUAUGUGAUCACCAAUCCUCCCUAUGAGUUUGAGCUGGUCCCCACAGACUUGAUCUUCUGCCUGAUGCAGUUUGACCACAACGCGGGCCAGUCCCGGGCCAGCCUUUCCCACAGCUCUCACUCCUCCCAUUCCUCCAGCAAGAAGAGCUCCUCUGUCCACUCCAUCCCUACCACCAACCGACAGAACCGCAGCAGCAAGGCCCGGGAGGCCAGCCACAAACAGAAUGCAACAAGGAUGAAUAGAAUGAGCCAAGAAAGGAAAUGGUUUACAGAUGAACCAGAAAAUGCCUACCCACGGAACAUUCAGAUCAAGCCCAUGAGCACUCACAUGGCCAACCAAGUCAACCAAUACAAAUCCACUAGCAGUCUGAUUCCACCAAUCAGGGAAGUUGAAGAUGAAUGCUGAAAACCAGGCCCCCUUAGUGACUUGAGAAGUCUGAACGCUCUGUUGGAUAGAGAGGAUGAGAGAUGACGAUGACGGGGAUGACAAUAACGAUGACGGUGUUGAUUAAUUGAUCUCCACUCGUACUCGGGUUUCACAUAAAGACCCACAACUGGAAGGGACCUCCUUAUGUUCAUACCUUUAAUGUUACUUCCAUGUUCUUCAAUGGACUAUGUUGUAUUUAUUAAUCUUCUAUAGAGAUGUACAUAAGACAAUCAAAUAAGGAUUGUACAGCCCCCUAGCACAGAAAUUAUUUUAAGAGUUGAAAAGAGAAAAAAAGUACUUCCUGUAAUUAUUUGCAAUAGUUUACCACAUUUUUGUGUGACCAGACCAUUGCUACUGUAGCUAAAGUUACUACUGUUUGUGGCAGAAUGAGGGUUGUGGCAGUUCACCUCAUCACAACUUCAUAAUGUCUCCCAAAGAGCGACAAUUCUGGCGAGGAGGUCACCACUCAACUUUCAUGCUCCCUGUCUGCUUAUGUUCUCUUUGCACUAAAAUGGAUCGUGUUCUUUUGAAACACAAUGACUUGGAACAUAUCUCUGCAACACAACAUCCAUUCUGAAAGUGUCAACUUUUUGGUUGUCGUUUUGUUGAAUGAGAGAAAAUCCACUCGUCAUUUAGAGAGGUUUACAACUGUACUGGGGUAACGCGGAAAUAUUCAUUAGGUCAUUAUUUGAGGUAAGCUACUGUACGUCAUCACGCCGCUGAAUAAUCGUCUGAAUGAAUGCAUUCCAGUCCUGUAAAACGAGAUCGUGUUCUGAAUCAGUUGUCGUGAGAUGCCAAGACUGCUGCUGGAGACAGAUCUGGGAUCAUAACGAUGUCUUUGGCUGUUUCAAGCUCCUAUCAUCGCAUGGUGUGUGCCUGAGCCCUCCUAUGACAAUACAGCAGAGGUGAUCAACCUGGGAUGAAAGAACAACCUUGUAAUUUCCCUUCAUGUGCAAACAUGAAAGGGGUGAAUGGACAACCAGUCUGGUCCGUUGUGGACACAUCCAUGCGUAUGGCGUGUACAUACCAUGUGUGUACUGUACAUGGCAGCAGUGUGUCCCCUCAGCAAGAACAUUGGUGGUACAUCGGAUUUAAAUGCACUAAUUAAAGUCGUCAUCUCUCCAUCAGUUUGUUUGUGCUGGUGGAUCCGCCUCUAUGGAACAGCAUGUGGGAUCAAGGCUUUGAACAUAAAAGACGUUAACUAGAUCCGUCUGGGGUUUGGGGAUCAACUAAUGAACUAAACAAAUGUUUCCAGACUCACCAUCAUACCUAGUCACAUCACCGAUAAUCUGCCAAGCUAUGAUUGAGCUGAAUAAAUGUAAACUAACAUUAAGUGUGCGCCCUAAAACUUUAAGAGAAGUUUUAAGUACAAACCCUCUCUGCCAUGUUAUUUGUUGGCGAUCAUUUGGGUCUAAGAAAGAAUGAAUAAGCAUAACAUUUGAAUGUUUCUUUCAUCUGUGGAGAAAUUUGGAGAAGUAAUGCCACAUAUUGCAAAAAUGGGCAUCAAUGGGUCCUCCUUUGGCCAGAACCACUGCCUGGCACAGGGUUGGUAACGGAGGCAGUAAAGAGCUUGGAUGUUCUCCGCUACCAAUCCGGAUGUCAUCAUGCCACCGGAAAAUUCUCUGUUGGUCAAUGUUAAGGGAAAAGCUCAAUCAUAAUUUGGUUUAAAUGCUGCCACUGAUUACUAUAAAGAACACUGGAAAACACUGCCUGUGUUCUUUCUGUUAUACUGGCCAAGGUGCAUUAUGGGGCCUUUUUAAAAAGAUUGUUUUGUUAUGAUCUAAAAACAACCCAGACAGAGCCACAGCCUUGGGAAGGUGAGGGUAUGGUGUUACAGAUGUAACAGCAAACUACACCUGGCUACAAUACAAUAUAUAGUCAUGAUUACUUUAUACACACAUGAGCAUAGAAAAAAAGCUUUCUGAAAGCAAUCCAUUAUUAUUAACAAUCAUAAUGACAUAUCCGAUCAUUUUAUUUCCAAAUUGUUUUUCAUUUAACAUAAUCAUACCAAAAUGACUUAUAAUAGUUCUUAACUCUGAAGUGCCCUCCCCCCUCUGCUACAAAUACCAUCCAUAAUAAAAGUAUAGUCAUUAAUCAAAGUCGACAUUGCAUAGAAGAUUACUUGAUCUAAUCGAAUCUAAAGCAGCUUCUAUCUAUUGAGUGCUCCAUAAAACGCACAGGGGCUUAGUUCUAGCUGAAUUGACACCCUAGCUCUACUAAUAGUACGGCUCAUUUUCAUUAACAAGCGAAAUAUGAUUACAGAUGUUUUUACAAACGUAAAUGUGAUGUAAACAAUCGCAAACAAAUUUGAGUUCCAAUGGGCAUAAGUAAUACCCAGAGAGCCAAUUGAAAGGUACAUGAUGCUGGAUCGGAGGCAUUUGUUCUGUCCUGGGGUGAAAUGGUGACCUUCACUACCAAUGGUUGACCUAAAUUAGGUCUCUUAGUAUGGAGAUAUGGUAAAGAAAAUACUGUAUACUGUCAUUCUCCAUGGAAGUUUCACACUGUGAAAGAGAGAUUGUUAGCACACCUUCAGGAUGUUUGCAGUGAGCCAGGAGAGUAUAGACAAACUAUAAUGUAUUUCUAAAGAAAUAAGUUACGUAUAUUUGUGUCUGCAUUCGUUGUGUAAAAUCAGCCCACCAUAUUGACCACAUUACUUUCUGAUGCAACAUAACCUGAGCUUUCUGUCUGUCUAUUGGGUGUGGUACACUUCUACUGCGGCCUCGUGAAACUUCUGAAUUGUGAUUACAUUGUUGUCACACUUUUUAGCAAGUAGUAUUAUUUUUCAAAAGAUAUGUCAGUAAAACUGUUUGUAUAAUUGGGUUGUUAAUAAUAUACUUGCUAGCCUAAAAUACAAGGAAUUGAUGUCUAUACAGACAGUGACUUGACUCCUUAUACAUAGUGUUUGACAAAGGGCAAAAUGAUUGUUUUGUCAUAUGAAGAAAAAAAGAAACUUGAAAUCCAAGAUAAUUUUCCUGGAUUCUUGUUGCAACAAGAACAUUUCCAGUGAUCUCAUGGUUGGAAAGAGCAGGUUUAAUUUGACCUGGAUAUAGCAACCUUCACAGAAAUGCAGGCAUAGGGUAGCAUAAAUUCAGCAAGGCUUAUUAUCAUAAAAAAGAGAACAUACUUAACUUUUGUGUUCUUGUUUAAAUUGCUUUAUGCAUCAGGGUUUACAUUCCAUUUUGUCAGCUCUUGUCAUUUAUGUUACAAUAAUAAUAUCCAUUGAUUGCUUUAAACUGUCACUACAGCUUAUUUGUUUACAGAGUUUUUAAUGUAUUUUUUAUUUAGUAGUACCUAAAUAUCACUACUCAGAAAUGAAAUGGUACAAAUUACAACCCAAAGCAGAUGGACACUUAAGAAUAGCCCAACGAUGCAUUUCAUUGUAACUGAAUGUUUUUUUUUUUUCUUUUCAAUUUGUUAAUGAUUUGACAAAAAAAAUCAUAACGCCGGACUGAAACCUCUUAAGGUUUUAAAGCUUUACCUCUUUCCAGCGCAAAUACUCCACAAAUCUGCUUUACAUCAUAUCAUAUACGUUUGUAUUCGUUGUUGAAGUCUUUGCAAUGUACACCUCUAAAGUUUUAGGGUGUUACGAAGUGCCAUGAAAAGUGUGGUUGAACAGGCAUCCUUCAGUCAUUCUGAUUUACUCACUGGAAAUUAGUAGGAAUUAAACGAGUUCUUCUCAGAUAAAGUACAUGUAUGUGUAUGGCAUCAUAUUCUGGCAUGGAGAACAUCCAAGCCAUCAAUGCGCCCAUGUCAGAUGAGUGCCAGGCAGUGCUCUAGGUCUAAAGGAGGGCCCUUUUGAAGACCCACUUUAGCAAAAAGUGGCAUUGAAAAGGAGGAAAGCACACAUGGCGUACUGACACUCCUCAUCAACCCUGAACAUAGCAACGUAUGUUGGUCGCAGUGUCUGUAGCUCUCGUCAUUAGACUGCAGGGAGAGAUGUCCUGUUUGUCUGUGUGGUAUGAAUGACUGAAGGAUGCACACAGAGCACAUGCCGGGCUGUUUCAUGUGUUUGAGUCUACCGGUCUGUGUGUUCCGGAGUGUUCCAGUUCACUUAACAGUCAGGACUAUGAAACUUCACACAUUACUGUUACACUACGUUACAUACUGUAUUUUUGUUAAUCUAUUUUCUUGCUGUAAAGGACGGAUAUAAUAACUUAUUUGCUGGAAAAUGUAAUAAAUGUAAUAAUAUAUAUAAUACUAUGGGGGGAUUAAAGUCUUAACAACACAUUGAAAUUGCAGGUGGCAAUUUUUAUGUUGAUUUUGAGGGGGAAAAUAAACUUUGUUUGUGUAAAAAAAAAAAAAAAAAAAAACUUAUUUUUUUUUUCGCUGCCUAUCAGUUCAGGUGGAAUUCAGGACAUUGCUCUCACAUGUUGCAUAUCUAAUUCUUUAGCACAAGGUCAUUGGGCAGGAACCAGGAGUUGACAUAGCAGUCUUUUUCAUUUGGAUUUGUCAAAGCUAGAAUGGAUACAUGGAGAAUUUGAUGGUGCUGAGUUGAUCUACCUGACUCUGUCAAAUAUAAUCUGCUCAUAAAAAUACUGUCUUGUACAAAAAGUUUGUACAUAAAUUGUACAUGGUUUCUUUUUGUAUUUUCUCAAAUUAAAAUGGAUGUAUUUGUGUUCUAAAAUUG